CUUACCUUCAGUUAUACGUUGGGCAAAUUCACAAAAGUCGAGUGAACAUAUUCUGGCUAGGUAAUUGGCAAUCGAACUGACCUGCAAUGGAGUACAUCAUGGAAAUGGCCGAGGCGGUUGCUCAGCAAUCGAAGCAGGAGGAGGAGGAAGGCAGCCGCUUCAAGUCCGUCUUCACCAUCAACGGCAAGUCCAUUCUGCCGCCCCUGAUGACGCCUGAGCGUCGCCUGGAGAUGCAGCAGCUGCGACGGGCUGCUAUGGCCAUAGAGGAGCGCGGACGAGCGGGACGCCAGACGGCAAACUCGCCCAGUGGAGCCAAGGGGCAGGUGCUGCAGCCCAGGCGCGCAGCAGCAGUCUUGGAUGCUAGCACCAACACCGAGUCGGAAUCGGAGCUGGCGCAGCAGCCGCUGACUGUCGUCGGCCGCCUCAAGCAGCAGCUGCAGCAGUCCGAGACGCUGAUCUACGACAACAAAUGCAAUGCCAUCAUCAAGCUCGUCAAGUCCAGCAAAUUGCCGGCCAGGCAGCAUAUGGUGCGCGAGGAGUACCUGGAGGCCCAGCCACAGCGGGCAGUGCUCAGAGAGCCGAGCUUAGUCUGUGGCGUCGUGCUGAGCACCACGCUGGAAGCAGCUGAGCCCACGCCCAGCCAGCCAGUGCCAAGCCUUAGAUGCAGCCCUCGACAACGGCUGGGGAUGGCAGCGAACCCAGCGGAGAUGAGUCCACCAAGAUGCAGUCCGCCACACCAAAUUCAGACCGUGCGGCAGCUGCUGGGCAUCGCGCAGAGGCUGAACCUGUCGAUCAACAAGCGGGAACGCGACCUGCUGCAGCGCGCCAUCACGAGUCCUGUGCUGCGCCCACGAGCUGUGCCUGCGACGUCCGGCUGCGGCAGCAUCACGGCCCACGGCGAGCGACUGCAUCCGCAGCUGUGGAAGCGAUAUCACUCCUCUGUGGUUGCCCAGGAUUACGAUGUGAAGCAGCAGCACUCGACACCGGAGCAGCGGAGCAGGACGGCCAGCAAGUCCGCGCUGCCCAAGUGGACCAACAGCAGCAGGAGCGGGAAGCCGACGCCGCGCGGUCGCAGCACUGUGAGCUACGCGGCACACGCCUCCUCGCACGCCAAUGCCCGAUCCGCCCCGCGGAAGGUCGAAUCGAGCAGCAGCUGCGGCACGCUGCUCACGCCCAAGACGUCGCCGUCGCCGUCGAGCAGCAGCAGCGCCAGUCAGGCGCGGGCAGCGCCCAGUGGCGAGUCCAGCACAUCGGAGCUGAUCAGGCGCAGGCUGCUGGACGAGAUGGAGCAGCAGCAGCGGCAGCGCUUCCAGCAGCUGGUCUCGCAGCAGGCCGAGGAGCAGCAGCGCCUGCAGGCCGAGUUCCAGGCGCAGCAGCAGCAGCUGAUGGACCAGAUGAUCAGUGACAUGAGCACGCUCACCUACGACAAGGACGGGCAGUCCGACCAGGCCGACCAGGCCAACUCGGAGUCCAGUUCGAUCAGCUCACUGCCGCAGAGUCGCCUCGAUCUCGAGCUAGACGAGCCAGACUCGGCCGACGUCUAA